CAAUGAGCGGGAGGUGUGGGCGGGACCACGGCGAGGCGCAAACAUGGCUGCGUCCUCAGACGAUGAUGUUGAGGCCAAUAACCAGGACUACUACUCCCUGCUUAACGUCAGCAAACAGGCUACUCAGGAGGAGCUGAAAGCAUCGUACAGGCGACUCUGCAUGCUCUACCACCCUGACAAACACCGCGACCCAGAGCUGAAAAGACAAGCCGAACAACUCUUCAACCAGGUGCACCAAGCUUUUGAAGUGUUGAGUGACCCUCAUGCUCGGACCAUCUACGACCUUUUCGGGAAGAAAGGCCUGGAAGUGGAAGGUUGGGAGGUGGUGGAACGAAAAAGAACCCCCGCAGAAAUUCGAGAGGAGUAUGAACGUCUCCAGCGAGAAAGAGAAGAGAGGAGAUUGCAGCAAAGAACAAACCCCAAGGGCACCAUCAGCGUGGGCGUGGACGCCACAGACCUCUUUGACCGUUACGAUGAGGACUUUGAGGAGAUGCCGGGCGGAGGCUUUCCUCACGUUGAGAUCAAUAAGAUGCACAUCUCCCAAUCCAUAGAGGCUCCUCUGACCAGCUCGGACACGGCGGUGCUGUCUGGCUCUCUCUCCACACAUAACGGCAACGGUGGGGGCAACAUCAACAUGACCGUGCGCAGGGUUACGUCUGCCAGAGGCUGGGGGGAGGUGGAGUUGGGGGCCGGAGACAUCCUGGGGCCUCUCAUCGGGCUGAAGGUGUUCCGUAAUGUCACUCAGCGAUGUUUCUUGACAGCGCAGUGCGGCCUGCAGUUCUCCCCCCGGGGUGUACGCCCCAGUUGUUCUUUGAUGGCAGCACGCCACCUGGACCACAACACCAUGGGUUAUCUUCAGUGGCGCUGGGGGCCCAACAGUGCCAUGACUACUAGUGUGGUGCGGGACACCAAGAGCAGCCACUUCACUCUGGCUGUGCAGGUAAAUAUGCAA